AUUGGAGUCGGCCAUGUUGAAUCACCAAUAGUGUUUUGAGCUCCCUGUUUCUAUGUCAUUCAACUAUUGUGCAAGUGAUUGUGAACGUGCAUUGUUGACGAUGACGUAUUGGACGUUGUUAAACCCGAAAGACGUAGCUGCCAUUACCCUCAAGGUGUAGAUUCGAUUGUUGAGCUCGUCAAUUGACGGGCUAUCUUUCUACAGGUCAAAAUGAAGUUUGGGGUCAUGAUAAUCGCGUUUGCAGUUUCUCAACAAAUUUGCGCAGUGGACAGUGAGACCGAGACGACGGGUCGGAAGUGUGCCAAGUACAACCAUGAGUGCACCGGUGAUGACUGCCCCACGGAAGAGAUCUGCCAGGAUCCCAAGGGAGUCACCAAGGUUUCCUUCUGUUACGCCUCCUGGAUAAACAACACCAAUGAGAUUCAACUGGUGAUGAAAGGCUGCUGGCUUAAUGACUUGAGUUGUACGGGACUUUCUAAAUGUGUCCGAACACACACCGUGAAGCAUGUGGACUUUUGUUGUUGUGAUGGGGACAUGUGUAACCGAGAGAUUGAGGCGAAUCCUAUUGAGCAACUUCCCAUCACGACUACCAGUGAACCAGGCAUUGUUAGGAAAACGGGAGAUGAACAGUUAUUACGAACUAUAAUGUAUUCAAUUGUACCAAUCAUUGGCGUUUGUUUCAUCGUGGUGGUUGUAUUCUGGAUGUGGCGGCGACAUCAACGCAACAUCUACAUGUACCAUCAACAGCUGCCAACGGUCGACCCAAUUUCGGCGACGCCAUCAGAAAUAGCCUUGUGCCCACUUCAGCUGAUAGAGCUGAGGGCGAGGGGAAGGUUCGGCUCUGUGUGGAAGGCGCAGCUACAUAACGAAAACGUAGCUGUGAAGAUCUUCCCUCUACAAGACAAACACUCAUGGAUGACCGAACAAGAGAUCUACAAUUUGCCGCAGAUGAACCAUGAAAAUGUACUGCACUUCAUGGCAGCUGAGAAAAGGGGAGAUAAUUUAAACAUUGAGCUGUGGCUCAUCACCGAGUUCCAUGAAAAAGGUUCCUUGUGUGAUUGCCUGAAGGGACGUGUGUUGACAUGGAGUGAUUUGUGCAAGAUUGCUGAAGGAAUGGCAAGAGGCCUCGCCUACCUCCAUGAUGAAAUCCCGACCAACAAGGGAAAUGAUGCCAAACCAGCCAUUGCUCAUCGGGAUUUCAAGAGCAAAAAUGUUUUGUUGAAAAAUGAUUUGACUGCUUGCAUUGCUGACUUUGGCCUUGCUCUUAAAUUCGAGCCAGGCAAAAAUCCCGGAGAAACCCAUGGUCUGGUGGGCACCAGACGUUACAUGGCCCCUGAGAUCCUCGAGGGAGCCAUUUGUUUCAACAGGGAUGCAUUUCUCAGGAUUGACAUGUAUGCAUGUGGCCUGGUUCUGUGGGAGCUCAUGGCCCGGUGCAAUGUUGUAGGAGAGGUGGAUGAGUACCAGUUGCCAUAUGAAGAGGAAAUAGGUCCUCAUCCCAGCCUAGAGGAGAUGCAGGACCUGGUCGUCUUGAGGAAAGUCCGACCUGUCAUCAAGGACAUCUGGCACACACAUCCAGGCGUUGCUCAGCUAAUCUGUACAAUAGAAGAAUGUUGGGAUCACGAUGCUGAAGCUCGAUUAUCAGCAGCAGGCGUGGAGGAACGUAUUGCCGUUUUGGCUCGUACCGUGAACAUUUCUACCUCUACCAAUCACCUCGUUCCUUCUGUAGCCAUCAUAGGUACAGAGGAAGAUAUGCCUGCCAAAGACUCAAGUAUCUAACUUUUUGAAGCAUCUAAGAUGAUACGGGUGUGCCAAAACAUGCGCCUUGGAUGGAAGGCGAACUGGAGAGAGACCAGAAAGGAAGUGACAGGGGUGAAAGUCCUUGGAUUGUGGGUAAUCCAGUGAAAGAAUUUAAUCCCAAAAGUGCUGGGUCGACUUGAUGCAGUUGAAGCUGGCAGGUUUAGUGCUGUGUGGAUAAAAUCGGACCGUGGUCUUAACUGUGGGUCGUUGGCCAUUGACAUCGUGGGCAAUUAUCCAUUUAAUCACUGGAUCAUGAAUUUGACUGUGACUUAGUCUGCAGCCAGUCGUCAGAGGAGGGCUGAGGCCAGCCUUUGUCAUGACUUCAUUAGGUUGAAGGACUAUGUGGAGAUUUCCUUUUCAUCAAGAGUGUUGGCCAAUUUUUGAAAAGUAGUGAAUCCAAACGUAACAAAAUAUGACAUUGAGAAAAUCAUGUCAAAGUAUUGACAUCAUCAGGUGAAGGAGAGCAAGCUACAAGUUCAUCAAUUAUGUCUGUGUCAAGCUUCAGGCAUGAGCCUUCUCAAAUUUUCAAAGUAAGGACUUGUCACAGUGAAGGAUACAAAAUCUCAGUUAUCACAAGUAAAAUCUGAGUAUAUCCUUGCCAUGAAAAUGUCUCAAAUACAAUGUGAUGUACGUUACAUUUUGAAAACCUUGUCAAUGUGAGUCCAUUUCCCUACAGACUUUUUGGAAACACUUUGGAAAUCACCUUAAUGACAAAUGUUGUUGAAACUCCCAAUUAACCCUACCUUGAUGAUCAAUAAUGACGUGCUUGAGGACAUACGAUCAAUAUUGAUGGGCUUACAGCUGUAACAGGGAGACAUGAUGACCGUGUUAACCCCUUCCAGGUGGGACUGCUGAUGCUGUGGUCAGCUAGAAUGUACCUUGAUGAGACAUCAACUGGGCAGGGGUUAAUACCGAGUUGAUCGUUCAAGUGCCAUACUCCAGUGAUGCUGUAGAUGAAUGCUGUUACCAUUGGAUACUGCUGUUGACUAGUGUAUCAGAGAUACCGGUACUGUUGCACUGGCUAGGACAUUGCAGUCUGGACAACUAUAUAGUGCUGCUAUUUGGGAGCCCUUUUUGAGGCAAUCGCUGACCAUACCCAUGAGGAACUGCAGUCAGUAUGAGGAAUGAAAUAUAACAUUAUGCUCCCUAAGCCACUGGUCUGUGUAGUUAAACAUUCUGGUUUAGUGAGCUCAGCAAAUCAUGAUUCUUAUGUUGAGUCUCUGAUCGAAGGGAGAAGUCACUGAAUGUCAAGGUUUGUGCUAGUAGAGAAAAAUGAGAACUUGUUCUCGGACACUUUGAAUGAUUUCUUAAUUUCUCGCCAACAUUAACCUGGUAUUUUGAGUUUUCAUAUGAAAAUGAUUCCAUUUGGGCAUUUACACUACUCAAGGGAACUUAGAGAACACUUGAUUCUACAUUAAGCUUGUCAUGGCAUGGCAGCCUUUACAUACGAUAAUAGUCGUAUGAAAAGAUUAAAUGUUCUCAGAGUUGUUUUGAGCAUGUAUUGUUUAUUAAAGGCGUUGAUAUGGUUUAGGCUCAGUGGAGAUACUAGCUGCAGUUUCUUAUGGAGUAGGGUUAAGUGCUCCUAAUGCCAUCAGGGAAUUUCCUUGAUUACUGUUUUCCGUGGUCAUUGUGUGUACAAAGUAGAAUUAUGUGCAUCUUUAACCUACAGAAUGCUGAGUCGAUACUUUGUUUCAGGAGUAAUUAUUUUAAUAUGAACUGUCUAUAGCUUGAGUUUUCCUAUACACUCAUAACCUUACAUGUGUACAUUUUAAGAAAUGUAUGAUGAAAUCUAUACAAUGAAAUAUUAAUCAAGACAAAUUCAGCUCUUCCUUCCGUCAGCAACUUAGGGUUUCCUUUAUAUGCCUGGAUGGUUGUGUAGCAUUGGUUGUCACAUUAGGAUUUUUUAAUCUGUUGGUUUUAUUCAUUUUAUGUAUUUUUUUAGUCUUUUGAGUGUGCAACUAAAAUGGCAGAACCUUGGAUGAUACACUUGAGAGAACUGUCAUAUUGAACAGGGACCAUCUCAAAAGUUGUUUCUGACAUUUGGUCAAAGAAAUGUAAUUGGAAACAAUCGUAGAUAUUUCUGAAAGUGACCGAACAAGAUUUUUGUGAAGUUUCUGCUAGUUCUUGCCCUGUUUUGGUAAAUGGAUAUAACUUUUGAGAAGGCCCCCUUACAUAUUUUGUAAAUCUUGUACAUAUCUUCAUGAAAUGUGUGUAGAUGGGGAGACUCUGUAUGGAGGAACUGUUCAUGCCGUAAUUAUUGUAGUGAUACAAAUGAACAAAAUGUUUGUCAGGUUUUAGGGGGCACAAUAACAACUUGAAAUUGGAUACUUUUAAAGUAAAAAAUAUUUAUAUAAUUUUUAAUAAUCUAUUACUUUUAAUGAUGUAACUGGUGUACAGAUGAUAGGAGGGUUAUACAUACAUGUAACCUGUUAUGCAGGUAUUACUGUCUGGUGUCUAAUGUCUGUAUUCUGUGAUAGAAAUUGAAUUUUAUUGAAAGUUAUGUUUUUAAUUGGAGACGAAGAACAAACAUAAAAUUUUAAAGUUUGUUUCUAUAUUUUGAGUGUUUGUAUUAUUGGAAUAAUUAUGGUAAGUUCUGUGUGGGCCUGAAAAGCACAGAAUGCACAUCUUGAUUUUCAAGUUAUUGUGUCCUUGUGAAAUAGUUGUAUAAAGUAAUUAUUCAGAACUUAACAUUUUUAACAUUUGGGGGUGAUUUUGAAAUUAUUUGAAACUGUUACCUACAUAGUAAUUAUUCCAUUUUCCAAAAUCACAGUCUGAAAUCAUGAUGUGUUUUGAAAAUGCUUUUCUGUAUAGCAGAUCCUGAAGUGAAUUGUGAAACUAGGAUAUACAUUUCGAGUGCUAGAAUUCCUCUCAACUUUUUGUAUGGAUAUGUCUGUGUCUGUCACUCUGGGUAUGUUGUGAACUGGUGUCUUGUUCUAUAGCAGUGUUUUCUGAAGACGAAAAACAUCCAAUCAGGUUUAGCAAAACUUUAAACAAACAAUGAAUUAUAUGCAUUUCUUUCAUGACUAAUUGUUAGUGGGACUAGAUGUUCAGAUCCUCCUACAACAUGUGUUACACUUGUUCAACUUUAUGAUGUUGUUUUGCAUACAAACCUUGUCGUUCAGGUUUUCGAGAGGAAAUACAUCAAUAUUUUGAUGACCAUAUUAUGUAAGGUCCCGUGUUUCCUCAAAAGCUAUUCUAAGAAAAUCUUACUCUGUCGAAGAGGAUGGACUGAAAUAUGUGUUUGUUGCAGUAGUAACAGUUCUACUUUAAAUAGAUAACUUUGUACAUACGCCGUGAGUAGGUUCAUGUGCAGUAUAUGUAUAGCAGAUACACAUACACGGGAACUUGUUUUCUUUAGUUUUGUAUCAGUUGGCUUAAGUUAAACUUUGUUGUCAAAAUUAUUACAAACUACUAAAGUCUUAAUAUUUAUUUUGGGACAAAAAAUCUUAAUGAUGCAUUUUGUGAGUAUCAUAAUACUGAGUGGUUUGAAGUCACUAGUUUUAUGAAAUAACUGGAACAGUUUCUUAGUUUUGUUCUUUUUAAAGUCAGAGGGUAACAACAGAAUCUAUUAAAUCUGAAAUAAGAACUACAUAUGCAUCUUGCACAGAUGAUUUUUUGUUGAAUUUGUCUAGUGAUUUCAAGCAAUGAGAACAUGUAAUUCUCUACGGCUUUAACUGUUUAUCAGGCACUUGAUGGGUAUUAAUUGUCAAUUAUUCUUGGCACUGGUUUAUUACAAGUUAACAGGUUUCAUUACUUUCUUUUUAAACAACUUUUGUCUUUCUAUUUGGGAGCAAAUUUGAUGUGUUAGUCCUUGUUUACUGCCUCGUUCCUGAAGAAUUUUUUGUUAAAAUGUAGAUUUGUUGAAGGAAAAUACUAUUGGCUUGGCACACAUUCUCUUUUGACUAAUACUAGUUAAUUGUGCGAAAAAUGUAAUAUGUGCUUGACAAACAGUUAAAGGAUAUUGAGUUCAUUUUAAACUCUCAUGGCAUCAAACUGCUUUUAUAAGCCAUAUCAAAAUCAAUUGUAAUGAAAGUAUUUAUGCAUUUUUAUUGUAAGACCAAUCUGGUUAGUCUUGUGUUGAUUUAAGAUGAUCAUGUUUGUAGGGAUUACACAGUGCGAUGUGUGUAUACUUUGUGUGACUUAAUGUAUAUACAGGUAGGAUUACUGAUUGUCUGCAUGGCAUCCUUGUUUGAUGUAACUAGUGCACAAAUAGGAUAUCAGGCAUUGUAUUUGUGACGGAUGUAUUGCAGAGUUUGCACUUUGUCGUUCAUGAUAGUCUUGAACUGGCAAACAUGAAAGCACCUACAUGCUUCCAACAGUUGAACAGUUAUCUUUUCCUUGUAGCCCGAAUGUAUGAAAGGUCAUCUACGCUGAGGUCCUGGCCUGCUUGGCUGUUUAAACACCUUAUCUGAUUUCAAACUUGCUUGUCUGAACUAUGAUUAUGAAACAAAACUAAAUUUGUUACGGUUCUAGUUUUAUUAUCGAUAUGUCUGUUAUUAGAACCCCUUUUACUUCCAUUUCUUUGCUACC